AUGCAGGCUGCGGUAACACUCAUGAUAUCAGAGUCGUGUCAAUUAACCGACGCUUCUUAUAAUAUAGAACAAUAUCUACCUCUGUGGACAGACUUGUUGGACAGUAGAGAUGGUAAAGACACCAUCGUGUUGGAAAAUAGACACUUGGUGUUCGAGGACUUCAUGGAAUAUCUAUUUACUGUCCUGGAUUCGGUUCUCGCAGAGGACUGUGAGGUAUUACCGGAUAAGCUGUCCCCUCUCCUGACUCUCAGUCAUCAUGUACUGAGCCUCUAUCCGGUGGAAGACGCCACUCGGGCUCCGUGCAGGAGACUGGUGCAUGUGCUGUCGCGUGUACAGUGCCAGGUCAAUGCCCCGCUGCUGUGCGCGGUGACCGCCGCCAGUAGGCACGCGCACUGCUCGCUGCUGCCGUGCUGCCAGACUGACACUUCAUUGAUAUUUAACAUUGACAGAAACAAAUAUAAUUUUGACGAUGUAAACAAUGCUCUCUCACGAGUGUUAUCUUGGUUCACAGUUAAUAAUCUUCAAUUGAACGCUAAAAAAACUAAAUGUAUAAAAUUCACUUUACCUAAUGUAAAAGUAGAACCAACUGAAAUUAAACUCAACAACGAACAUUUAGAGUUAAAACUGCGUGUAGACAAAUGUUCAGAUGAGGCCACCUUGUGUGAGUGCUGCUUCAUGCUGAUACAAGAGGAGGCGGGAGUCGACGUACUGAAUGUACUGGAAGCUAUAGCGAUACUAUUCACGAGGGGCGAUGUCGAUCCCAAGAUCUUGAUACAAGCUCUCCGCAGGUUGGAGACAAUCAUGACCGAACCUGAAGAAUUAUACAGCGACAAAUUGAACUAUAUAAUCCAUCAAAUAGAUAAACUGCGUACGCUCAAGAACAAAAGUGAUAAGUAUGCUAGAAUUUUACACAAGGACGUCAUCGUAUUUCUUGGUAAAUAUGGCAACACUAGUUAUGUAGUUGAGAAAUCUGAAGAAAACAAUGUCAUAGCCAAGUUGAAGGAUAAAUUACUUUUGAAUAUACCGAACACUGAAGAAGGGACAGUGCUUAAAGUAAACCUCCAAAGUAUAUUGCAGUUGGCAAUAGUCCACGAGGAACCAGACGCCCUGCACAAGCUGUUGGCUAUCAUCUGCUCCAGUUCACCACAGAUGAUGGAAGACGCGGAGGUCCAGUUGUCGCUAGUGUGCGUGACGCGCGCGCUGUGCGUGUCGCACGCGCACGCACACACGCGCGCGGCCGCCGCGCCCGCGCGCCUGCUGCAUAGCGCCGUCCUGCUCGCACGCAACGCGCACUGCACCUGCGCUCUUCUAGCGGCGAUAGGUUCGGAGAAGUCUCCAGGCGCGCGAAAGAUGCUGUCUGACGCGCUGGAGGGUUCCCUACUGUUGGACCCCGGGUCCGAAUUAACGGAACAAUUGAUACAGACCGUGGCCGAUGAAGCGAUCGGUAUGAUGGCCAGCGGGAAUGACCUUUCGAACGACACCCUAUUUGACCCCCCCCCCACUCCCCCACCUACGGGGGUGGAAGGGGAGCGGUUUUUUGCGAAAAAUAAGCAUGGCUCGAGUGUUUGUCAUUCAAAAGGCCAUGAACACGCUUUUAAAGAACUUUUUCGCGAAAAACAGCUCUUUCCUCCGCCCCCGCGUGUGGUGGCGACCACUAGAAGUGGUGGUCUCAACGUAACUGAAUCAUUAUUGGCCGCGUUAAAGGAUAAUCAUAGUUUACAAAGAAACAUAUUACCAAAUCUCCUCACGCACAUAUUGGAAACGGCAGACUUCGAUGCGAAGAUUACAUUCCAAAACGCAUCCAAGAUAUUUAUAGACAACAUAGAUAUAUACGACGAGAAGACUGUAAAGGAUACACUGAAGACAUUAGCAGAGAAUGUUGUUAAAACUGUCAAUUUUAGCAACGCGAUUGAUGUUAAAUUGUUAAAAUGUAAAGUUGAAGAAACCUGUUGUAUGUUGAUAGAUUUAAAGAGCUACAAUUAUGAUUUAACCGAUGUUUGUGUGAAUGAAUUGGAUGUGAACUUCGCUAAAGUGUUAUAUUUAAUGGCUGAAUAUAAAAUUGAGUGGAACGUUGAUGUGCUCAAUGAGAUAUUAGCGAGGAUUGUUGUUUUGUCUAUGGACGAUAGAACGGUACACGGAGAUUUUGCCGUCGAAGCGGCUUUGAGGUAUCUGGCGGAAUACUGUGAUGUACUUCACGAGACAAAUCAUGAGAUGACCACAAACGCCUUUGGGAAUAUAAUAAGCAACAUACAACCCCAACAUAUAAUAGAUUUACGGAAACAAUUAAAUAAUUGUCUUAUAAUUCACAAGAAACACAUUAAACAUGGUAUAUUGCAAGAGUUCUUUGAAAAAUGGUGUAUCAAGUAUCAAAUUAAUAUAUCCGUUGAAAUGAAAGAUUUCACUGAAGAUGAUGUAGAUAAUGAAGUUAUGUGUACAGUGAGCGCAUUAAAAAUAUAUGUAAAGAUAUCUAAUGGGACAUUAUAUGAUGAGAACAUAUUAAACAUAUGCCGUAAUAUAUUGGAUUUAUAUGUUGACAAAGAAGAAAAAGUUCUUGAUUCUUACAAAGAAUAUUUGACAGAUCUCUUGUAUAUAAGUUUGAAGUUUCAAACGAUUGAAAAUAUCAAGAAAUUCGUUCUCAUCGCAUAUGGAAAGGCCAAUGUUGCGUUUUUUAGAUAUUUUAUGGAAAUUUUUAUGGAAUAUUUUUUGGUGAAACCUUUCAUUUUGCUCGACGAAGAAAUGAAUUCUAUCGCUGUUAUUUUAAAGUAUAUAUUGAAAGAAACGCUGAAAAGGAAAUGUGAUGAGAACCAUUAUAACUGUGUUCUGGAGUUGAUAGAAGAGACUUGGCAUAUAUUUGAUUCGAUAUCUACAUUCGAAGAUAAAUACUACUUACUUUCAUUAGUCACAAGAUUACCGGUACAAUUGAGAGCUACGUCCACUCCCAUACAGUGGGCUAUAAGCGAGUGUACCGCCAGGGAUAAGAUCGAGGAUAAGAUAAAAUUGGUCGGGGUGUUGCCGGGAGGGGGGGAAUGUAUGGCGGCGUACAGAUCGCUAGCCAGUCGCCUGCCGGCGCGCCUGGCGGAGCUGCGCGGCACUCGCGGGGCCGCCAUGCGCGCGCUGCUGGACGCGCUCGCCCGCGCGCGCAGCGCUGCGCUGCUGCAGCUGCUGCAGCUGCUCGCCGACUGGGCGCACUGUGAGCACACCACUGUCUUACUAGUGAGAGCCACUCCACUCCCUCACUUAAGUCGCAGCUGGCAAUUUUACUAG